AUGGGUUUUGAUGACAAAUCCAGCAGAUCAUUAAAUUACCUGCAUUACCAACUGAUUGUGCCAGUUUUACAAAAGCAUUCUCUUGCCAGUGGUUUUUAUUCUCUUGCAGAUGACCAGAACCACAAAAGCAGAGACCCACCUGGUUUUCUUCCUGGAACUCCAGACCCAGAUCAAAGUUUUCAUGUCUCAUCUUUCAUUCCAAGGAACCAACUAUGGCAACCAGACCUCCCACCAACAGCCAGUCUCCCUCCAGGUCUGGAAUACUUAAGCCAGUUAGACCUGAUAAUUAUACACCAGCAGGUGGAGCUUCUUGGAAUGAUACUUGGCACAGAGACUUCCAACAAAUAUGAGAUUAAAAACAGCUUGGGACAGAGAAUCUACUUUGCAGUAGAGGAAAGCAUCUGCUUCAAUCGUACUUUCUGUUCCACGCUGCGAUCUUGCACCCUGAGGAUCACAGAUAACUCAGGUCAAGAGGUGAUAACAGUAAACAGGCCCUUGAGGUGUAACAGCUGCUGGUGCCCUGGCUACCUCCAAGAGUUAGAAAUUGAAGCCCCUCCUGGUACUGUAGUUGGUUAUGUUGCACAGAAGUGGGACCCCUUUCUGCCUAAAUUCGCCAUCCAAAAUGCAAACAAAGAAGACAUUUUGAAAAUUGUUGGUCCUUGUGCGACAUGUGGCUGUUUUGGAGAUGUGGACUUUGAGGUGAAAACCAUCAAUGAAAAGCUUACAAUUGGGAAGAUUUCGAAGUAUUGGUCAGGAUUUGUAAAUAAUGUCUUUACAAAUGCUGACAACUUUGGAAUUCACGUCCCUGCAGAUCUAGACGUGACAGUUAAAGCAGCAAUGAUUGGUGCUUGUUUUCUCUUGGAUUUUAUGUUCUUUGAACAUUCCCUGGCUGGAUUAUAA